CUGUGGGACCAGAGCACCCCUACGAAGUUACUAGGGAGUUACUAGGGAAUUUAGGGUCGUACACAACACAUACAAUUUCCUCGCACCUAAAAACCCGUUCGCUGCCCCCAGGGCCAAUCAAUCCUCUCCGUGACGCCAGUGACCCCCAUUUCCACCAGCCCAACCCACCCCCACCAACCUCAAUCCCCCAGAAAUCAUUCAACCCUUCCCCCCACGCCCCACCAACUCACCGUUCCUAGGAAAUUUUUCAUUGCAAUAUGUCGGCUGCAAUGUUUUUGCACGAUUGUGGCCCCCGUUGUUGGCUGAUUGUGGUUGGUUGUGGUUGCACUUUUACUUUCAUAAAAUGACUUGCUCAUCGUGUUCCCAAGUUUCACGACAACGGCCUAAGCUAAAUUCCCAAGUGAACAAUUAAUAAUUACCACGUGAUAUCAAGAUAAUCGUGAAUUACAAUCUAUCAACGACGUGGGGGAUAGAUUUAUCCGCCCAGUGGUGAAAAAAUCAUUUUUACUUGUGCUGUUAACCAACCGCCCGGUCGGUGGGGUGGGGGUUGGGGUUGGGGUAGGGGUAGGGGGCGACCACGAGAAUUUGUCAGGGGGUUCAAUGUGUAUUCAACACAAAGAGGGAGUCAGACGAGAAAAUAAUCGCAGAGUAGUUGGGUGAGUGCCUGGGUGAUUGAUACUCAAGAGAGGAGCAAAAAACAUUAUCGAGGAAAAUAAAGAAAAUAUUCAAUCCGGGUAACAGUCGAUUGAAUGUGGAAUUAAUUAAAAUUAAAUGUACAGUGAGAACAACAAUAGUGAAAACAUUUGUUCCUGAAAAGUUUGUGGGGUGUUAUAAAUAAAUAAUUGGGUGGUGAUGGGAGCUAAAACAAGUACAGUGGCACAAGCUGCUGGUGGUAAUGGUCAAUCAUCUGCUGGUGGUAAUGAUACAAUUCAGGGCUUCUCGAUAUUACGUUCGCUACCCGGUGGUGUUGGUAUACUCCAGCAGCAUCAACAAACUAACCAAACACAGGGAUCGAGAGUACCUGGGGAUAACAGACAGCGGGCAAGAUCGUUGAGCUCUGUACCAGAUUUAUCGUCUGGUGAACAGGGUAAUAUGGGUAGUUCGGUUGGAGUUAAUGUUGGUCAGGCACUUGGACUUGGUAAUCUUGAUUCGGAUGAUGGAGAUGAGGACAGUGGAAGGGUCUAUUCUGCUCACAGUUUGCCGUCUCAUAUAUGGUCUUUGAAUGGUCUCAAGUGUCCUGUGUGCUCUAAAUUUAUACUACCGGACGAUAUUGAAUGCCACUUAGUCAUGUGUUUGACGAAACCACGCCUUAGCUACAACGAGGAUGUUCUGGCUGAUGAAAAGGGAGAGUGCGUUAUUUGCUUAGAGGAACUACAGUCUGGUGAUGUGAUAGCCCGUUUACCAUGUCUUUGCAUAUAUCAUAAAAAUUGCAUCGAUAAAUGGUUUCAAGUGAAUCGCAGCUGCCCCGAACAUCCGGGCGAUUGAUUUUGUAAUUGUUGAGUUUACAAGAGAUUUAAUAAAAAGGAAAAAGAAAGAAAGUUAUUCAGGGCAGAGCAUAUACGGAUGAGAGUUGAAUUUGUACACAUAUAUAUACCAUACACAUAUAUACAACAGAGUGUGUAUAUACCAUAUAGCCAUUCUGAUGAAUGAGAUUGCGUAUUUAAUCUAUAGUUUCAAUGUCAGUGCAAUGAGUGGUGUCUACUGUCUUUUUACAACAAAAUGAAAAAAAAAAAAAAAUCUCGAAGAACUUCGACAUCGACGUCGACGUCGACGUCGAGGACGUUACGCCGUUGCCUGACGAUACGUGAACAUCUCUGGGUGAGAGAAAUUAUUAUAUUAAGGAGUGAAAGAGGAAUAAUUGAAUAAAUAAAUAACUAGUCAAGGUGGCCGCUAGUCUGCGAUGGUGGUUUUCCUGUGCACGGAGCGAUUGUUUUUCGAUUAUUUUUUAAACAAUUUAUUUCGUUAGCGAUGGAAAACUCAAUUUGCCAUCGAGAUCUCAAUAUCCUGGUGAUCUGGAUGCCAUGCAGAUGACUCAUUAUUAUUUGGAUAUUGAAUGGUUAAUUUUGACGAGUUAGUUUAUCAUAAUUGAAUUGUUUGGGAUUGAUAAAUUGUUUAUAAUUGUUUAUAAUGAUUAGGGCAGGUUGGGGGGGGGGUGGAACGUCUUCAGUGGUUGAUAAUUCGGAAUCUGGAGGAGAUCGAUUUUUUUUU